GUCCUGUUCAAACAGCAGUUGAAGUUGACUUACUAAAAGUUUGUUAGUUAAGUUACUUCUUGUCGCUGAGUAAAAUCUAUAGCUAGGUAGCUUAGUAGGGAAACUUUAAAGCUGCAGGAUGGAUGUGUCCAGCAGGCUGGAGGUGUGGCAGCAGCUGGCUGAGAGCUGCGGUCUCAGUACGGUCCAGCAGGGCCUGCAGCAGGUCUGGAGGCUGCUGCUGCUCUGUCUUAUCUGCAGACUCUGCUGUAGAUUGGUAGGUCCUUCCACUGUGAAGCAUGUAGUGUCAGCGUUGUCUGGGAUGUACGGCCUCUACAUCUUCUUCGAGCUGCACAUGCUAUGGAUGCUGUUGCUUGGCGUGCUCUGUUACCUCGUUCUGCUGCUCAGCCAAUACUCCAGCAGCAGAGGCCUCUUCCUCUCAGCCGUCAUCCUCAUCUACCUCCUCAUUGGAGAGUUGCAUUUAAUUGAUACGGUGACCUGGCAUAAAAUAAGAGGCUCUCAGAUGGUGGUGGCCAUGAAGGCCAUCUCUCUGGCCUUUGACCUGGACAGAGGAGCAGUGGGCAACCUGCCCUCCCCAGCUGAGUUCUUGGGCUAUGUUCUCUUUGUGGGCACCGUUGUCUUUGGGCCCUGGAUCAGCUUCUCCACUUACAAGAAUGCUGCUGAAGGCAGAAAACUGAGCUGGUCGUGGCUGCAGGCUUCCUUCCUCAGCCUCCUGAAGAGUCAGAUCUGCCUGCUGGUCUCCACCUGCAUUGCCCCGUACCUCUUCCCUUUGUUCAUCCCCAUCCACGGAAACACUGUCACACACAAGUGGCUGCAUGCCUAUGAGAAUGCAGUGUCCUUCCACUUCAGUAACUACUUUGUGGGCCACCUCAGUGAAGGCACCAGCAUGCUGGCUGGAGCUGGCUUUACUGAAGAAAAAGACAACCUCAGGUGGGAUAUGAGUGUGGUGAAACCUCUCAGUGUGGAAAUGCCUCGGUCCAUGGUGCUGGUGGUGACGUCCUGGAACAUCCCUAUGUCCCGGUGGCUCAAAACCUAUGUCUUCAAAAAUGCCAUAAAACUGGGAACUUUUCCAGCAAUCCUGGUGACAUAUUCAGCUAGCGCCUUACUGCAUGGUCUGAGUUUCCAUCUAGGAGCUGUUCUGCUCUCUUUGGGCUUCAUCACAUACGUUGAACAUGCUCUGAGAAAGAAGCUUGCAGCCAUCUUCAGUGCCUGUAUCCUGUCCAGGCCCUGCGCCUUUGACUGCAGCCAUCAGCACAAGAAGGAAUAUUGGGUGAUGCUGCUGAACCUACUGUUCAGCCUUCUGGCCAUCUUCCACCUCACCUACCUGGGCUCCAUGUUUGAUCCUGGAGUCGAUGAACAGGAAGUAGAAGAGGGUUAUGCUGCCAUCCACACCAUCCAGAGGUGGUCUGAACUGAACUGGGCCAGCCACUGGCUUAUGUUCGCCUGCUGGGUCUUCUACCGUUUAAUCCAGUGAUGUCAUCAAAAUGCUUUGUAAUCCAAUGGGUCAUUGAAUAGCAGGGUGUUGUGGUCUGAUGGAAAGGACUGUGUCAGCUGGAGUAAAUAAACAAACCUCCAGACCUGUUUGGAACUGUAUCUAAUAUCUUCUGGAGAGAUGGAUAGAUGCUGAGUGGAACGUAGCAAAUACCAACACUAUAGGACAUAUUAAAAUGAACUGCAGAAAAUGA